AUGGUUAAGCAAUCCAAAGAUUACGCCAAAAAGUGUGUUCGGUGCCAAAAACAGGCGUCCCACAUUCACAAACUGGCCUUCCCUCUUAAGAUGAUCUCUAGUCCUUGGUCGUUCGCUGUUUGGGCCUUUGACAUUAUAGGCAAGAUGCCGAAGGCCCCCGGCGGGUUUGAGUAUAUGCUUACUGCAACUGAUCUUUACACCAAAUGGGUCAAAGCUGUCCCUUUGGUUCAAACCAAGGCAAGUGAUGUGCAGAGCUUUAUUCGGAAGCACAUUAUUUCUCGGUUUGGCAUUCCGUAUGCCAUUUUGUCGGAUAAUGGUUCCCAGUUCGUUGCUGCGGCCAUAAAGAUCUUCUACCAGAAAUACGGCAUCCUCAUCCAAAAUUCCUCGGUGGCCUACCCACAGGGAAAUGGACAAGCUGAAGCUUCCAAUAAAACGAUAGCACGAGGGCUGAAGCGACGCCUUGAUUAG